CGUGAAUGCAUCUCUGUGCACGUGGGCCAGGCUGGUGUCCAGAUUGGAAAUGCCUUCUGGGAGCUGUACUGCCUGGAGCAUGGCAUUCAGCCUGAUGGGCGUAUGGCUGCUACUGGAGGCAUUGGUUGUUAUGAGACCUUCUUCAAUGAAAUCAGGGAAGGGAAGUUCCAGCCAAGAGGCAUUUAUGUUGACCUGGAACCGACCGUCAUUGAUGAGGUGCGCACUGGAACCUACCGCCAGCUGUUCAACCCGGAGCAGCUGAUCGCCGGGAAGGAAGAUGCUGCUAACAACUACGCCCGAGGUCACUACACCAUCGGAAAGGAGAUCAUCGACCCUGUUCUGGACCGAAUCCGCAAACAGACGGACGAGUGCGCAAACCUUCAAGGGUUCUUGGUCUUCCACAGUUUGGGCGGAGGGACCGGAUCUGGUUUCACCUCCCUGCUGAUGGAGCGUCUGUCGGUGGAAUACGGCAAGAAGCCCAAGCUGGAGUUCGCGGUCUACCCGGCCCCUCAGGUGUCCACGGCUGUGGUAGAGCCCUACAACUCCAUCCUGAAUGUGCACAGCACCAUGCAGCACUCAGAGUGCUCCUUCAUGGUGGACGAGGCCAUCUACGACAUCUGCCGCAGGAACCUGGACAUCGAGCGUCCCACCUACACCAACCUGAACCGCCACGGCAAGUACAUGGCCUGCUGCCUGCUGUACCGUGGAGACGUGGUGCCGAAAGACGUCAACGCCGCCAUCGCCAACAUCAAGACCAAACGCUCCAUCCAGUUUGUGGACUGGUGUCCCACCGGCUUCAAGGUGGGCAUCAACUACCAGCCCCCCACCGUGGUCCCCGGUGGAGACCUGGCCAAGGUCCAGAGGGCCGUGUGCAUGCUGAGCAACACCACCGCCAUCGCAGAGGCCUGGGCCCGUCUGGACCACAAGUUUGACCUGAUGUUCGCCAAGAGGGCCUUCRUCCACUGGUACGUGGGGGAGGGCAUGGAGGAGGGGGAGUUCACUGAGGCCCGGGAGGACAUGGCUGCUCUGGAGAAGGAUUACGAGGAGGUGGGGAGUGAUGCUGUGGGGGAGGGGGGAGAGGAGGAGGGAGAGGAGUACUGAGGAGUGACAGAGGUG